AUGUGGAAGAAAUUAUAUAUAUUUUGUUUUUCUGUUUUAAUUGUACUUCUCGAGCUAAAAUUUCAUAAAAUUUAUGAAAAUUCGAUUAUUCAAAUAUCUAUUAAAGGCCCAAUUCAAUCGAAAUUAUGGUGGAUUCACAAAUCGAAUAUUUUUUUCAAUUGGAGUCAACUUGAUAACUCAAAAAAGUUACGAUUAGUUCCAUUAAUUCUUUCUUGGAAUGAUUCUUAUUCAGAUAUAGGAAAGCGAGCAAAAAAAGGCAUAGGAAAUUGCGAUUUCAAAUGCGAAGUAACCACAGAUCACAGAAAAUAUUUUUCGGCUGGAGCUAUCAUUUUUUAUUAUACAUUUGGAAAUCAAAUGCCACCUUUAAGGCAUCACAAUCAGUAUUAUAUAUUUUUUUGCGUUGAAUCCCCAUUAAGUAUCGAGCAACAUACUGGAUCGAUGUACAAAGAGCCUUUUAAUUUAACAGUGAGUUACAGGAAAAAUAGCGAUAUACCAGUUCCUUAUGGUGAAUUGAAACAAAUUGAUAAAUCCACGCUUCCUGAUAAAAUUUGGAAAUGGGAACAGGCAAGUCCUAAAUUCAUCAAAAAUUCUUCACAUAGAGAUUUAUAUACUAAAAAUUUAGCGAAGUACAUUAAUGUUACGGUAUAUGGUCGCUGUGGUCUAAAACUAUGCAUGGGUCACUGUGAAAAAUUAGCCGUUGCAAAACAUCGCUUUUAUUUAGCAUUUGAAAAUACCAUAUGCAAUGAAUACGUUACGGAAAAAGCGUUUAAACGCUUGGACCAAUUACUCGUUCCAAUCGUACUUAAAGGCUCUUUGUAUAAAAAUAUUUUACCUGAAAAUUCUUAUAUUGCUGCAGACGACUUCGAUUCUCCGGAAGAUCUCGCUAAGUAUCUAAAAUAUCUCGAAAGCAAUGCGACUGCAUAUUUGAGGUAA